UCGGAAAGCGACGACGCGGAAAACUAUAAUUUAUUUUAUAUCUUCGCUUGCGAAUGCAGCAGCAUGCUACUCGUAUUGCUAUUUAACAGCGGAAGACUUUGUAACGAUCGGAUCCAAGAAAUUGUGAGAGAAAUCUUCAUAAUCAGACGUGAUUACGGGGAAGAAAUGGAGGAUGUCUGGGGUAUGAUCGGGGUUGUACUCAACCAUACUAGCCCAGGAAAUUCGACCAAACAUGUGAUUUUCUCGCCUAUAAGAACGGCGGUAGAAGACGUCGAUAACGACGUGGAAAUCAUCCAAAACGAGCAAGUUAACAAAGAAGUGGAGGUAAUCGACAUUUCUGGUGAUAUCGAUGACCCACCAAUUAUCUGGGAACGCUUUCCCGACUAUGUCAUUGAUAUCAACGACCCAGCGAUUAAUUGGGAACAUUACCCCAUUGCCGAGAUUCCGCUCCAGAAACGAGUGACCCCUCCGUUCAUGAUUCACUCUCCAGAAUAUUCUAGAGUACUCGAGACAUUCUGAAAACUAUGCGAAAAAAAAUUUCUCUAAUGUAUGCG